UUCGUCCAUGAUCCUGACGUAUUUCCUGGGGCUUGUGCCGACCACUCAGCGGUACACCGGAGGGGUAUCAUGACUGUUUAUAAUCAGCAGUUGUCUUUUACGCGUUCUUCAGUCGUUUCGCCGUGUCGUCGUCGGAUUUAACACCGCCACGUGAGACAAUAAGCCACAGGAUCGAGCAGGAUGUAAAGGAAGCUGGUAAGUUUAGCCCUCGGUGAGCUGCGACUCUCGCUGCCUUUGACUACCUGUCCACCUGCAUGUGCUUUGAGCAGCCUCGGCCUGUUGGAGAGCUGCCGUGCUCGGUGACUGUGCUGCUGUAGGAGAACCCAUGGCUUCUGGCCCUCCAUCUUCCUCCAUAGGCCACAGGCUCAGGCUGCUGGAGCUGCUAAUUGGAGCUGCGUUUGUGCUGCUGGUGAGUGGGCUAGGAUCGGCUCUGGGUCAGAAGGUCUACACCAACACGUGGGCGGUCCACAUACCUGGAGGUCCGGAGGAGGCCGACCGAAUUGCUAGGAAACAUGGUUUCAUAAAUCAUGGUCAUGUAUUUGGUGAUUACUAUCACUUCCGGCAUCGCAGAGUGGUUAAGAGAUCCCUGUCGGAUCACAGAGGGACACAAGUCCGUCUGCAAAGAGAUCCUAAGGUAACUUGGGCAGAGCAGCAGGUGUCCAAACAGAGGAAGAAGAGGGAUACUGCUACAGAGUUUGUAGACCCCAAGUUUAGAGACCAGUGGUACCUGUACAACAACAACCAUCGGGACUUGAAUGCCAAAGCUGCGUGGGAGCUGGGCUUCACAGGAAAAGGCGUGGUGGUGUCCAUCCUGGAUGACGGAAUAGAGAAGAACCAUCCUGACCUGUCGCAGAACUACGACCCAGACGCUAGUUAUGAUGUGAAUGAUGCGGAUCCUGAUCCUACGCCCCGGUACACACAGCUUAAUGACAACAGGCAUGGAACCCGAUGUGCAGGAGAGGUGGCGGCAGUGGCAAACAAUGGGGUGUGUGGAGUCGGUGUGGCCUACAAUGCAAAGAUUGGAGGUGUGCGUAUGCUGGAUGGAGAGGUGACUGACAUGGUAGAGGCCCAGUCUCUCAGUCUGAACCCACAGCAUAUCGAUAUCUACAGCGCCAGCUGGGGCCCGGAAGAUGAUGGCAAAACUGUCGAUGGACCCGCCAAACUGGCAAAGGAAGCUUUUUUUCGAGGAGUCACAGAGGGUCGUGGCGGUAAGGGCUCCAUAUUUGUGUGGGCCUCUGGGAACGGAGGAAGGGAGAAGGACAGCUGUAACUGCGACGGCUACACCAACAGCAUUUAUACCCUGUCCAUCAGCAGCACUACACAGAACGGCAAUGUACCCUGGUACAGCGAGGCCUGCUCCUCCACCCUCGCCACCACCUACAGCUCGGGGAACAUCAAUGAGAAACAGAUUAUAACAACAGACCUCAAAUCUAAAUGUACAGACUCUCACACCGGCACCUCUGCCUCUGCCCCCCUGGCUGCGGGGAUCAUCGCUCUCGCUCUAGAAGCCAAUAAACAACUGACAUGGAGGGACAUGCAACAUCUGGUUGUGAGAACUUCUCGUCCUGCCCACCUGCUCACGAACGACUGGAGAACCAAUGGAGUCGGACGCAAAGUCAGCCAUUCCUAUGGAUACGGUCUGCUUGAUGCCAGUGCUAUUGUAUCAAUGGCAAAGACGUGGACGAAUGUGGGGCCACAGAGAAAGUGUGUGAUCUCCAUUCUCACUGAGCCGAGGAACAUCGGCAGCCACUUGUUGAUUGACAGAAGCGUGGAUGCCUGCUUCGGUUCAGACAGCCAUGUGACCUCUUUAGAGCACGUCCAGGCCCGGCUCACCCUCACCUACAACCGGAGGGGGAACUUGGCCAUCCACCUCAUCAGUCCUGCUGGCACGCGCUCCACCCUGCUGCACCCGAGGCCUCAUGACUACUCAUCAGAGGGUUUCAAUGACUGGGCGUUCAUGACCACCCACUCUUGGGAUGAGAACCCCAGCGGGGUGUGGACGCUGGAGAUUGAGAACGUAGCUGGUGCCAGUGAUUAUGGCACCCUGACCCAGUUCACCCUGGUGCUUUAUGGCACUGGCUCAGCAUCUUCCAGCUCAUCUGAACAGUCCCAGUCCAGCAACGACAACUGCAAAACUUUGGAUCUGAGCACAAAAUGUAUCGAGUGCAACCCUGGCUACUACCUCUUUCAGCGGGGCUGUGUGAAAGAAUGUCCCGCAGGGUUCGCAGUGGGCUCCCAGCCCCUCAACUACACUGUGGGAAACUCCAUCCAGCCAACUUCCGUCCCGGCCUGCCUGCCCUGCCCGCCGCCCUGCGUCACCUGCAGCAGCCUCAGCCCUCAGUUCUGCCUGUCCUGCCCCGAUCACAGCUCCUUGGACUCCAUCUCCGGUACCUGCCUGCGCCUCAACCACUCCAUGCGAGAGUCCCCCGGCGGCUUCAUGGUGGGCCAGGAAGUCCCCAAGCCUCUGCUCGAGCAUGGCUCACAGCUUCCCGUCACCAUCGCCUUGCUCAGCUGUGUGGCCAUCAUCGCUACCUUCGCAGGCGUAUUCCUGCUGCUUCAGCUCCGCUCCGGCGCGCUCAUCAAGCUGCCCUCUUUGGAGGCGGGCGGUGGCUUCAGCCUGAGGGGAAGCAGGGUAGUGUCGUACCGCGGCAUUCCGACGGUCUGGGGGGACGAUGGGCUGAACACGGACUCGGAAAAUGAUGAGUUUGACGUCCACAACGAGAGGACUGCCUUUAUCAAAACACAAAGUGCUCUUUAAUGCCUUCAGAAGUCCCUCCUCCUCCUGCUCUCCUUUAAAUUCCUCUCAUCCCCAUCUGUCUCCACACUUCAGGGCAGUUCACUGUCCUCUCUGUCUCUUCCACUCAAACACCCUCUUCAUUGUAUCCUCGCUGUCUUAUUUAGAUCCUCAUCUGCUUUUAGGAACUGGUCUCACUUCGUCGUGGGACUCAUGAUGGGGAGCUGCUGUUUUUGAAGCUGGGAUCAGCCUGAGCUUUUGCUUUGUUCACACUUGGAUGCUUUUUUUCCCCAAACCUCAUAUCACUACCAGCAUCUGUUGGUGCAGAGUUCAUUUUACCUCCAGCUUACAGUAAACAAAUGCUCAUUUACUGUAUCUACACCCCCCCCAAUCUUCCAUUAGUCUCAGUGCAGUAGCCAGAUGAGAUUUUGAGCAGGAGAAUAAGAGAUGAUUUUGUGUGCGUGUGCAUUUCUGAAUGAAUGAGCCUGCAUAGAAACGGGUGUCGAGAUCUGAUGAGCAGUUUGGAGCGUCGUGCCAUUAAUGAAGACAUUAAAGUGCUUCCUGUCAUUUAAGAUUUUAACUGAUGGCAAAAUGACAGUUAUUCAAAGAGCCAUUCAGACUCAUUGAAAAACAUUUUCUUCUUUCCUCUUUGUCAUUUGCUAACAUCAGUAUUUAAAAUCUGUGCAUUUUAUUACUGCAUUUAAAAUAAAAGAACAAGAGAUUUGACAGUUUAAAAUGCAAUCAGAGCAAAGAAAGCCACACAUUAAAUAUCUAAACGCUUUCCAUCAUUUUUAGAUUCCAGCCUCACUUUUUUCUAAGGCAAGCUGCGUUUCAGGAAAAAGAAAUGCCAAGAAAACAUCUCUACAUAAAUAUCUCACACCCAGCUUUCUAUUUUAAUGGCAGCAUCUGAUGCCCCUCUCUCUCCUUGGGUGGGAGAUGAAGCAGCCGAGGCGCCGCCGUGCAUUUGUGAGCCCCUCAAAGCAGCUGGCAGGUGUUGACUUACCUGUGAUUGAUUCAUCGACACAGCAGAGGCUGUAACAAUACAUCAGGGCCCCCCCCGCUGCUGUCAGAGUGAAUCAGCCCCUCAAACACAAGGUUCAUGUCUUAAUGACUGGAUGUGGGUUUGAUUUGUGCACGAGCAUGACCAAGGUUGUAAAGCAUCACCUGACUCGCCUAGCCUCUGAGGCUAUGCCCCCCCCUCUUAACUCUCCUCUUCAAAUCUCAAGUGUGGAUUAAAAUCCCACUAUCGACGCUCCUUAGCUCAUCAGCGUCUCUGCACCUCAUCCAAUCACAAAUUCAAAUGAUCAAGUUGGCAUACUUGAAUAUUUUACUCCAAAUGAUUCUACAGCUAAGAGAUUUUAUUAAUAUAAUUAUUUUAAGUGGUAUCAUUUUGUUUUUCUUCUUUUCUGGGCUGUGAUCAUAUGAAAUAAGCGUCUCAUUGUUUAAUCCAUUAUAGCCAUUUUGAUUCCAUUGAUUCCUAUCCUUUUUUUUUGUUGUUUUCUUUCACUCUUUGUUUAAAUUUCUGCACAGAAAAGCCAAUGCUUGCUGGAAGAGGUUUCCAGAUGAUGGCGUGCAUAAAAAACUGCAGCUGCUCAUCCUUUUAUCUACCUCUCAUUCCACAGCAAGGCUUCACACACUUAGACGGGGCUGUUAAUUAUAGAGGUGAAUUUAAGUAUGGGAUAGGCAUGACAUUUUCUCUGUGGUGAUAUAGUUGGAUGGGUUUAUGUUUCAGAAGAAAAGAAGUGAAAGCAGAUCACUAAACUGUCAACUCUACUUCCCCGGAAACUCACCUGUUCUCUCUUAAAUGUAUUGCCUUUUAGGAUCAGCAUCAUGCGUGCUUAUGAGUGGGCUUUAAAACCGCUUAAUGAGAUGAAAUGUUCACAGAUGAAAAUGGCUGGCUAAAACCGGUGGGAUCGUUUCUAAGGGGCGUCUCCUUCUGGACUUUUGUCGUCUUAUUUUAUUGUUUUUUGUUUUUUUUUUCCUAAGUUUAUGUCACUGACAAUCAUUUACCUUGUCUUGAAGGCAAGAAGGGUGCAAAGGCACACAGAAAAAUUGAUUUUAGCUAUUAAUUGAACCACUUGUGUUGCAAAACCUUCACAUGUGUUUCAGAAAAGGCUCAGUUUGUAAAGGUGAAGCUGACAGAUGCAGGUAUUUUAGUACGGAUGCUGUCAAAACCAGUUUUAUACCCUCAGAUGGCCCAAACCGGAAACAUGCAGCACAUUUGGUUGUUUCCUGACUGACAGGAGACCUUUGAGAGCGGAUCUGGUGGGGAAAAGAACAACCUCAAAAGCAACAAAUGUGUUAUAGCCUGGAGCUUUGUGUGAUAUACGUCAGUGCCUACCGCCAUACCAGCUUUGAUUGGUCCCCGCUGAGCUCCAGCCUCAAUCUGUGCAAACACCAGGAAAUGGGUAACAAAACAGGAUCCAAUUAAAAUCUGACUGUUGACUAAUUAUAAUAAAAACCAUGAUUUAGACGGCAUCUUGCUAUUUGCAUUUUCCCUUUCAGUCACUUUCCCCUUUAAUUGAUUUUCCUUUGUUCUAUGUUGAUGUACUCACUACAGCUUGACAACUCUGAAAAGAGGAACUCUUUUCAUUUAAGGGUUCAACUUUUAGAGAAACUCCUGAAUGGAGGCAGCAUUAAUUAGCCCGUGCUUCCAGAGCUGCUGAAAUCCAUCAGUGGCUCUAUUGCCACAAUGUGAUAUAAAAUACACACUAAAGAGAACUGGUUUGCCAGCGGCCCCAGAAAGCAGCCCUUUUAUGACUAUAAAGUUUCCACCUGGCUGGCAGUAAAGCUUAAAGCUGUUAAAUGCUGACAAAAAAAUCUGUUUAUUGCUAAUUAUUUUUGUCCGAUUGUAAAGAUGAAAACCUCAUCAUUUAAAGGCUUUCAGCUGGGAGCUAGAUGUUGCUCUUGUUCCCAUUUCUUUAGGAUUUAGUCUGAAAUUGGCCACGCAAACUCGGACUUAGUUGAUAGGAGCAAUAUCUUUGGCAUAACCAAAGACAAUCAUUUAAAUGCUGUUUGUUUCGUAUAGAACGUGUCACCUUCAGGUUGGUUCAUCCCAUCCGUCCUCCUGUAGCUGCGUUCAAAGUGUUUAAAUGAAACCCCAGUGAUCUCUGCCUUUCUGAAGGUCCCUAAUGACAUGUUGCCUGUUGAGCAGCUGUGGAGGGAGGAGGUAGAAUGUAUCCCAUCGCCACGACCUUAAGGGCUGAACCAGAUCUGCGUGCAAAUGCUUGUUAAAGUAGAGACGAAACACAACACAGUGCGGUGGAGGAGCAAUCUCAGUCCACAUCUUUGACCUCCUCCCACCUCUUCUCGAGGCUCCUGACCUGUGGCUGCGCACAGUACCUUACAAAUUUGUGACCGAUGAUUAAUGUAUAAGAAUGACUAUCCUACAUGGGACAUAACUCUAAAAUAAGGCCUAUUUUUGUACUAUAUGAAUGGUGCAGUGUAAUUUUCUUGUAAUUUAAAGAUGUUUUUCUUUUGUUUUCUUCUUUUUAUUUAAUUGAUGUCAAUUAUAGAUUCUACUAAAAAAAAAUAAAGAUCUAUGCAAA